AUGAAUCCGAAACGAACGUACCAGGAUGAAGAACCGUCUGCGAGCCUUCCGAAGCGGCCAAGAACCUUCGACACCGCCUCCAAUGGUGGCAUUUACCCAAACCACGAUGCGUACUCUCCACUUGUGCAUGGAGAUUACACAAUCGCCUGGAUCUGUGCACUUCCCUUAGAACUGGCGGCAUCGCGUGCCAUGCUGGACGAGGAACACCCACUGCCACCCAACCAAGCCGGCGACGACAACACCUACGUGCUCGGACGCAUCGAUCAGCACAACGUCGUCAUGACAUGCUUACCGGGACAAUACGGAACGAACAACGCCGCAAUUGUCGCGACAAACCUGAAGCGCAGUUUUCCGAGCAUUCGCGCUACCUUGAUGGUCGGCAUCGGCGGCGGAUCCCCUAGCCAGGCCGACUUGUACCUCGGCGAUGUUGUCGUCGGCACGAGGGUCAUGCAGUAUGACAUGGGCAAGAUGGUUGCGGGCGGCUUGUUCCAAGAAACGGCCGAUGCGAAGACUCCUGCGUGGCUGCUGAACUCGGCUGUGUCCGCUCUACGGUCGAAGCAUGGGCCGCACCGUUCCAGCAGUCGAAUGACAAGCCUCCUGCGAAGCCGACUCCCGAACAUCUUGCGCCCGAACCACCCCGAUCGCCUUUUCCAAGCAUCCUAUGAACACCCUCUAGGGGCGCCAACAUGUAUUGACUGCGACCCAGAAAAGCUGCAACCACGAGGCGCACGCCUCUCUGACGAACCCAGAAUCCACUACGGAGUCAUCGCUUCGGGAAACAGGGUUAUGAAGGACGGGAAAGGACGGGAUGACAUUGCUCAGCGACUUUCGGCGCUAUGCUUUGAGAUGGAGGCAGCCGGCAUGAUGGAUAAUCUCCAGUGCUUGCCGAUUCGCGGCAUUUGCGACUACUCGGAUUCCCACAAGAACAAGGAGUGGCAGGACUAUUCUGCUGCAACUGCAGCCGCAUACGCGAGGGAACUGUUAGAAGGGCUUCCGCCUUCGUCCAGGACACUCGAUCGGACUCCCACAUACAUCACCGAUGUGAGCCAGCCCAAUACCACCGUCGACCAUGCUUCGGAACGGCGGCAACGCUUGCUAAAAUGCCUUGAAUUCCCGCAAAUCGAUGCCCGCAAAACCACUAUUCGGGCUGCACAUAUCAAAACCUGCCGUUGGCUUCUGCAGCACUCAAAAUACCAGUACUGGCUUGACCCUGGGAAGCAAUCGCAGGAUCAUGGCUUCUUAUGGAUGCGAGGCAAGGCAGGUGCCGGAAAGUCAACCAUGAUGAAGUUCGUGUACCUGGAAAUGAAGAAAGUUUUCAAGAAGCCUAGCAUGGCCGUGGCGUCCUUCUUCUUCAAUGCACGAGGCGACUAUUUGGAAAGGUCUAUCUCCGGGAUGUACCGGUCUCUGUUACUGCAGCUCCUGCAAGAGUUUUCGGAUCUUCAAUCUGUCCUAGACAAUACGGACAUCGUUCCGCUGCACCAACAAGAUUGCCCUAACCUGAACGCUCUAAAGGAGCUUCUCAGCAACGCUGUCAUGGCCCUUGGCCAGCGCUGCUUUACCUGCUUCGUCGACGCCCUCGACGAGUGUGACGAGCUAGAGGUCCGGGACAUGGUCCAGUUCUUCGAGGAGUUGGCAGAGAACGCUACCAACGAAGGCAUUCAGUUUCGAAUUUGUUUCUCGAGUCGACCAUACCCCUACAUUGAUAUUCACCGGGGAAUCUUGCUUACCCUUGAGAAGGAAUCCGGACACGGAGAAGACCUGACACAGUACGUCAAGAGUCGUCUUAGGAUCACGCACCGCCCGCUUCUUGAAGAAUUACAAUCCCAAAUCCUAGAUAAAGCUGCUGGGAUUUUCAUGUGGGUCGUGUUAGUAGUGGAAAUCCUGAAUAAUGAGAGUAGCCACGGCGCCCUCGCUCUCAGAAAGAAGCUUUCGGAAAUCCCGGCCGAACUGAGCGAACUCUUCAGGAGCAUGCUAGCACGCGAUCAACAUAGAACUGAAUCGCUGCAGCUCUGCAUUCUCUGGAUUCUCUUCGCAAAGCGGCCUUUGAGCCCAGCAGAGUUCCGCCAUGCGCUGUGGGCGGGCUUGUUGGAGCAGCGUCUGGUCGAUCCGGAGCUGCCAGAUGACAUACAUAUGGAUGCCGUCAAACUGGUCACGAGUUCCUCGAAGGGGCUUGCUGAGAUCACCAAAUCUAAGCAGCCGACCGUGCAGUUCAUUCAUGAAUCAGUGCGGGACUUUUUGGUGAAAGAAAAGGGCAUCCAGGAUUUGUGGCCUGAACUUGGAUUCGACUGGGAGGGUCCUAGCCACGAAAUCCUCAAGCGUUGUUGCACUACGUACCUGCAUCAUCCAAGAGUACAGGCGAUCAUCGUCGCUCCAGAGGGCGGAGACGACGAACGGAACGCCAAGGCCGAAAAAUGCUCGUUCCUAGAGUAUGCCGGUCAGCAGGUCCUCUACCACGCCAAUGCUGCGGCGCCUGUGGUUCCCCAAGACGGUUUUUUGACCGAAUUCUUUGCUUCGGCUGGAAUCAGGGUGAUCAACCACCUCGAGAAGUUCAAAGCUCGGCGGUACAGCUCCCACGCAACUCCGCUCUAUGUUCUAGCAGACAAAGGGCUAGGAAACCUCAUUCGCACACAGAUGAAAAGAGAUCCGGCUACCGACGUUCCUAUAGAAAGGUACCAAUAUCCGCUUUUCGCUGCAUUGGCAAACGGCCAUAAAAGCGCUAUAGCCGCACUUUUGGGCUUGUCAUCAACUGUCUACGAUGGCGUCGAUAUCACCGAAGGUUUGAACUACAAGAAGGACUUGAGGGAUUACCAAGGUCGGACGCCAUUAUCGUGGGCUGCCCAGGAGGGUAGACUGGGCAUUGUGGAGUUGUUGAUUCAAGGAGGGACAAAUCUUGACGGAAUCGAUGGGAAAGGAUAUACGCCACUCCACCGGGCCUCAGAGAAUGGCCACGAGGCGGUCACGCGGCUUCUCAUCGACAACGGGGCGGACAAUGGCCAUGAGGCGGUCGUGCGGCUUCUCAUCGACAACGGGGCGGACGUCAACGCUCGGGACAGUUCUGGAUCGACGGCACUGCUUUGGGCCUCACAGAAUGGCCAUGAGGCGGUCGUGCGGCUUCUCAUCGACAACGGGGCGGACGUCAACGCUCGGGACAGUUCUGGAUCGACGGCACUGCUUUUGGCCUCACGGAAUGGCCGUGGGGCGGUCGUGCGGCUUCUCAUCGACAACGGUGCGGACGUCAAGGCUUCGGAUGAUCCGAACACUUCGACGCAAGGAACGCCAGCUUGA